AUGGCCUCAAAAGCUCACUCGCAUAAUGACUACACAGUCGGAUUGGUCUGCGCACUGCCCAAGGAGCAAACAGCGGCAAUAGCGAUGCUGGACCAGCGGCAUGACGGCCUUCCUAAUCCCGUCAACGACCACAAUGCAUACACUCUCGGGUCCAUGAGCAAUCACAACGUCGUCAUCGCCUGUCUCCCUAAAGGCGAGAUCGGGACGAGCUCGGCAGCGACAGUGGCAACAAGGAUGAUAUCUACCUUCCCAUCUAUUCGCUUUGGCCUAAUGGUUGGAAUCGGGGGAGGGGUCCCUCCAAAUGUUAGGCUGGGGGACGUCGUCGUUAGUACGCCAGCUGACGGUCUCCCUGGUGUUAUACAAUGGGACAUGGGGAAAGCAGAACAAAUGAAGAAUUUCAGACAAACAGGGGUCCUUAACAAUCUACCCAGCGCGCUGCUUACGGCUGUGACGAGACUCGAGUCCAAGCAUGAGAUGGAGGGAUCUGCAAUACCCCAGUAUUUGGAAGAUAUGACCACCAAAUACCCAAAGUUGGCGCUGAAAUACACAAAGUCGGACAGCCUGGAGGACGUUUGCUUCGAGGCCGAUUAUAAUCACGUCGCAACAGUUUUCGAUCCACGGCCCAGCUUCAGUAAUGUCGGUAGGAAGCGCGAUUAUAACGGACAAAUAAUCGCAGCAGAUCAAAAUAGUUGUCGAGGAUGCGACCGGCGGAGAGCCUUGAAGAGGCCACCUCGUGAGAUAACUGUUCAUUAUGGUUUGAUUGCUUCAGGGAAUCAGGUUAUUAAGGACUCUGUGUUCCGCGAUCAAAUCAAUGCCCGACUGGGCGGUGGUGUUCUUUGCUUCGAGAUGGAAGCAGCAGGCUUGAUGAAUGGCUUCCCAUGCGCAGUCAUUAGGGGAAUCUGCGACUAUUGCGAUUCGCACAAGAAUAACGUUUGGCAGGAGCACGCAGCGGCGGUUGCAGCUGCCUUUGCGAAGGAGCUUCUCUCGGUUAUCCCCCCGGCUCAAGUGGUGGACGCUCCAACUGCAGGAAAGGUGAUGCAAUCGGUGGCGGAGACGGUAAACAGCAUUAAAGAUGAUGUUUCCGUUAUCCAAAGUGAUGUUCAUACAAUUAGAUCUGCCGGUGAUGGUGAUUGGCUGAGCCCGAUUGACUACGACAAAGUCCAAAGUGACGUCCAUCGAAAUUGCCAAGAGGGAACAGGGCAGUGGUUUUUGAAUGAUGCGAGAUUCACAAAUUGGCUGUCCGGCACCUCGUCUCAGACUCUAUUCUGCCCUGGAAUUCCUGGUGCAGGCAAGACGGUGAUAGCGUCCCUAGUGGUGAACUAUUUACGCUCGAGGUAUUUGGACAAUUCUACUUCUGAGACAGAUAGAGUUGGCGUGGCAGUAUUAUACUGCAACUACCAACAACAGAACGACCAGGCAUCCCACGACCUGCUUGCCUCGCUCCUAUCACAGCUGUCGCUGGAACAGGAUAUAGUCCCUGCCGGCAUUCGGACCCUCCAUGAUCAGUUCCGUAAACGAAGGACUCAGCCAUCACCGCGUGAUAUAUUCGAAGAAUUGCGUUCCGCCGUAACCGGAUAUUCCACUGCAUUCGUCGUCAUCGACGCAUUGGAUGAGUGUAAAGAUGAUGCAACUCGCAAAGACCUUCUUAACAAGAUGCUCCAGUUACAGGAGAUAGCAGAUGUACGCUUAAUGUUGACAUCAAGACCGAAUAUCCUACCGAACCGCGAAGACAUGGUUCAGCUUCCGAUACAUGCAAGCGAGGAAGAUGUUCGACGGUAUCUCACAAGCCAGCUAGGCCAUUUAUCGGUGGUUGUUGAGCGGGACGCUGUAUUGCAAAGCGAAAUUGAACUACGGGUUGCAAAGGCGUCUGAUGGAAUGUUUUUACUGGCCCAGCUUUAUAUCGGCUCGCUGAAAGACAAGCAUACGAAGAAGGCCAUCACUAUCGAAUUGAACAAGAUGGACACGGGCCAUGCAGGUCUAGACCAGGCAUAUAAGGGCGCGUUUCAACGGAUAGAAAGCAGCCUUUCCAAAUCACUGCUUUCUUGGGUUGUCGUUGCUCAAAGGCUACUCACAGUGGACGAGAUGCAGCAUGCACUUGCAAUUGAACCUGGGACAUCGAAUCUGGACCUUUCAAACAUCUGUGACAUCCAGGAAGUCGUGUCAGGAUGCGCGGGCUUGGUGGUGCUUGACUCAGUCAGUCAGAGUAUCCGGCUGGUACACCAAACUGCAAAAGAUUAUUUCAAGGCAAAUAUUUCAGAUUAUUUUCCAGACGCCCGAAGGAAUAUUGCCGUCAACUGUCUGACGUAUUUGAGCUACGAUGAGUUCAAGGCUGGUGCAUGCACAAGCCACCAGUUGCUGGAGAGUAGACUGCGCCGUUUUCCUUUCCUCUCUUAUGCCUCUAAUUUUUGGAUUCACCACUGGGGCCGCAUGGAGAACAAGAUGGUGGAACCUGUCCUGGAAUUGCUUUCGGAUCAAGGACUCGUGUCUGCAAUUAGUCAGUGCGCCCUGGUUACAGAUAACUGGGAGCUUGAAUAUAGCAAAGGAUCUCCAAGCCAGAUUAACGGUAUGCAUCUAGCGCCUUCUUUUGAUCUUCACGAACUCGUGCCUCGACUAUCGGAGAAGUCGCCUCUAGAUUCAACGGAUAAUUCUAGAUAUACUCCACUGCAUUAUGCCACGCAAAAUGGCAAUAAACUGACAGUACAGCGUCUCUUGGACUGCGGCGCGAACGCCAAUUUGGCCGCCAUUUCUGGUGCCACACCAUUACAUAUCGCAUCCAGGCAAGGUUAUUAUGCGAUUGUGGCUCUGCUGAUAGAAAAGGGGGCUGAUAUCAACUGUCGGGACAAUGGCGGGGGUACACCCUUGACCUGGGCCAUUGAUAAAGAAUUAGACGCCAUUGUCAAGCUCCUCUUG